AUGCACUUCUGUUCAAUUGUCUGCGCCGUAUCUCUCAGCGCGAGCAUUCAGCUCCUCAUCUCGUUCUUUGUCAUAAUCCUCGUCUCCAUCAUCUGGAACCGCCAUCAUGACCCGAGGAUCUCACCCCCAGAGAUGGCCAGCCUCCCCAUGCCGGCUCCUACAUCUUCUCCCGAGCUCUCUCCACCUCCGAGCCACCCAGAGCAGCCGGACCAGGUGAAGGAAAAGAAGGAGAAAGAGAAGUACCCCGUCGUGCGACUUCCAUACAGCGAGGACAUAAUCGUCACCCUCGUCAGCGAUAUCUACCGCAUCUACGUCCAACUGGGCUACAUGAACAACCGCGCUGACGGCAUGGAGGAAAUAGCCUGGCCCCCACCCGGGGGCCAUGCCAUCAACGAGGCCAUCUGCCAAGAGCUCAACCUCAGUCCCAAGGUGAUCUCCUUGAUGCGACGACUUCCAUAUCCGGUCUCUUACCACAUCGCGGCCGAGCUCCCCUUCAAGGAGUGGUCCACGGCAUUCGCGUACAUCGAGGACCGGCAGAUUCGCGACGGUCGCGACCCGGGUCGCUGGAUCUUCGACACGCCGCGAACCGACUUCCUCCUCCCGCACGAGAUCGCUCUCGCGGGCGCGGAUGAUGAAGGGAUCCACCUUAUUCUUGAUACACAAGAAAAUACGAUCCGAGCGGUUGAUUGGCAACAGUUGGAGGAUGAGGACGGCAAUGCCGACUUUCGAGCGCUUCCGGCCCAGCAUGCGCCAGCAUUUUUCGCGGAGUAUGUGGACAAGCUCAGAUCGUUGGAAAUUAUCCCCGGGGGUCAGGGGAGCUGCGUCAAUUUCUAUGAACAGGAGCAUCACAGUGCGGUGUGUGGUCUUUCCCUGCUUUUCAUGUUGGUUCUUGCUCGUGAAGAGGCGAACAUCUGCUUAUUCAGAUCUGUGCAGCACCCAAUGAUCAAAAAGGUCCUGCAGGAGCAGUACGGCUGGCCGUAUGAUUUCCGUGAGACGGAGUGGAAGGCCGCAGCCAGAGACACUUUGAAGCGCCUGGGACAGUUGUAUCCGUCCUAG